AGACAAGCCAAAAGUCAAAGACAACAUCGAUCGCUCACUUAGCGACAUAGCAUCCUAUCUGCUUGUUUUACCCAGCAUAACUAAUACAUGCCGGCUCGGGCAGUUGGACAUCUUGACGCCAUGGUUUGAGCGGCAGUCGCAGGAAUAAGAUGAUAGACGCAUCAAGUCGACUACGCAGGGCGAUACUCUUAUCCGAUGCUUUGCUGGUCAAACGCAUCAUACGCUCCAACCCUGGCAUAUUACAGAACCCGGACUUCAAAGACAAGAGCAACACGAGUCUGCACCUCGCAGCCCAAGCUGGCUUCGAAGAGAUAGUGGAACUCCUUGUGGACGCUGGACAUGAAGACGCCGGGAUCUCGCGCAACACCGACUGGGAUACACCGUUGAUGGUGGCUGCGCGACACGGCAAUGUCGAUGUGGGCAUUCUGCUAGCCGCCCGCUUCCCACGCUCUAUCCCCGUCACCAACAAGUCAGGCCUGGAUGCGCUAGCUCUAGCAUGCCUAAACCCUGCCUCUACACCGCUAGUAUCCCUGCUAUUAUCCCACCCCGAGUACCCCGCCCCUGCCGACGGCCGCGACAACCACGGCGACACACCCCUCCACCACGCCUCCGCCUCGGGCUCCCUAAAAGCCCUCCGUAUCCUCCUCUCCGCCGGUGCCGACCCGUCAGCCAAGAACGCCUACGACUGGACACCCCUCGCAUACAGCCAGACCGUAGCCGCAGAAGUCUACUUCAAAAACCUAGUCGCCGAACUCGAACGUAGAAAGAACGAGGGCAUACGCGGCGAGAAAGAAAGAAGAGAAGAAGCUAUAAAGCGCAAAUAUGCCGGUGUAAGGCUUGUCACCGAGGAUAGCGAGACUACUUCAUCACGGCCGAGCGAUGAUAUGUCGAGGUCGGAGAGUAGUAACUCCAUCUCUAGUCCUGUUGACCAAAGAGGCGUGUUUACACCUACGGUUGGCAAAAGUAAUCCUUGGGUCAAUGGAGGCUUUGAGACUAGAGCGAGAGCAUGGAGUGGAGAGUAAGAAGGUCAACCAAACAGUGUUCGACCGCAGUAAUGAAGCUAUGAGAUUUUUCCAAUACCACAGUUCAAUCCCCACAUACCAGACACCAUCACAUCUAUUGAUUACUAGUCAAGUCCACCUUAGCCAUUCAAGUCGAACAUCAAUUCCUUUGGC